CCGGGGUCUUUUCGUCGAUAGUAGUGGCAGAGGCGCCUAGUUCUUGCUGGUCUUGUGGUUUCCAGUAAUAUUUGUCUCAAACGUACAGUGUCUGUGAUCUCUACUUAAACGAAUUUUAUACAUAGGAAUGGAGGAGGUUGAUGUCGAGCCAACAACCACGCUUAUACCUGGCAUCGACUUUACCAAAAAACACAUGGGAUUUGUGUGGGGCCCUGGAGAUAUCCUUGUCUACGAGACAAAGUACAAACCCACAGGUAGCUGUCUGCAAAUAUACUCAGGUGCCGCGUCUGCUCUUCCGGGAUGCCCGUUUGUCCACCUGGUCAGGAAGGAUGAGGACAUAUACUCGCCAGUCCUGCGGAAACUCUUCAACGAGUCUCACAACAUCUUUGUGGGGCUCCAGAAAAUAAACGAGGACGUGCCCAGCAAGAACAAGAAGGCGCAGUUUGUCAGUAUUAGCAAGAACUACAGAUCAGUUAUACGGGCAUGUAUGGAGGAGCUCCAACAGAUUGCGGUGUCCACAAGAGAUACCACUCUAGCAACAAAGCACGGAAAUCAGGUGUCAGUUCUGCUGGCAGUGGAACUCAUCUGGAAUCUCUGUGAGGUUCUUUUCAUCGAAGCAGCCCCAGCUGGUGCUCUCCUGCUCCACUUGAUGGACUGGGUGAGGCUUCACAAAGCAGACGUGGAUGAGAGGGCCCAGGACGUGCUUCAGAGCGAGAGCCCCACGGAGCACCCCGCCUACUGGGACGUGGCCAUCAGCUAUGUGCUCCAGGGAAGGAUGGACGAGGCCAGGCAGGUCCUGGCAAAGCAGGCCUCUGUGCAGGCAGCAGCCAGGAGCAUGUUUAAGCUGCUGGACAGCCUGUUGAUGAAGAUGCCUGUCUACAGCCCUGGCGGAACCCAGACGCUCACGGAGUUCGAUGUGAAGUGGAGGCACUGGCACGAGGAGUGCAACCGUUGCCUGCAGGACAGCUCCUUCACCAGCAACCGCCACCUGGAGGCUAUCUGUAAGAUCCUGGUUGGUGAUGAAGACACUCUCCUGGAGCACAAGGAGCUGCUGGGCACCUGGUACCACUUCCUGGUGACACGUCUGCUGUUCUUGCACCCCACGGUCAAGCCCACAGAGCUGCACUACUACGCCCAGUCCAGUCUGGACAUGUUCCUGGAUUCCCGCAGCGUGCCGGAGCCUCUCGACAGCAUCCUGCUGGCCGCCUUUGAGUUUGACAUCCAUCAGGUCAUCAAGGACUGCAGCAUCGCCCUCAAUAACUGGUGGUUUGUGGCUCACCUGACAGACCUGUUGGACCACUGCAAGCUGCUCCAGUCCCACAACCUGCACUUUGGCUCAAAUUUGAGGGAGUUCCUCCUGCUGGAGUAUGCUUCUGGCCUAUUCACCCAUCACAGCCUCUGGCAACUGGCAGUGGACUACUUUGACCACUGCCCUGAGUUUGGCCGGGUGUACCUGGAGCUGCAGAUCGAGCGGGUCCCCCUGGACACGGAGCACAAAGCCCUGAAGGUGCUGCGGAUCUGCGAGCAGAGGCAGAUGACUGAGCAAGUGCGCAGCAUCUGCAAGAUCAUGGCCAAGAAGGCCCUGAGGAACAACCGGCUGGGCUCGGCACUGUCCUGGAGCAUCCGGGCCAAAGACGCGGCCUUCGCUACCCUCAUUUCUGAGAGGUUCCUGCAGGAUUACUGCACCCACGGGACCUUCUCUGACCUCGACCUGAUUGACAACCUAGGCCCGGCCAUGCUGCUUAGUGAUAGGCUUACCUUCCUCGGGCAGUACCGCGAGUUCCACAAGCUGUAUGGAGAGAAUCGCUUCGGUGAGGCAGCCACGCUCCUUCUGUCCCUCAUGACGGCCAAGAUUGCGCCACAGAGCUUCUGGAUGACCCUGCUGACUGAUGCCCUCCCACUGCUGGAGCAGAGGCAGGUGAUCUUCUCAGCAGACCAAACCUAUGAACUGAUGCAUUGCCUUGAGGAGCUCAUUGCAGGGAAGACCCCCCCAAACCCAGACCACCCAGUGAAGGAUGAGGACAUUGAAGGCACUAAGAUUGAACUUUUGCGACUGGCCCUGGCUCGGAAUCUGGCACUGGCGAUCGUGAAGGAGGGCACGGUGGAUGACUAGCAAACCAACAUGCCACCAACUCUCACAAUAUUCUGCAGCUGUAUAUACAACUUAAGUACAUCUGAUCUAAAAUGUGGUCUUUGAUAAAAUAUUUUUGUUUUUCUUUUGCAUACAUCGUGUCCUUUAUGGAAAGACCUUGGCACCUGUAUGCAGAUCGAAGAAACUUAGGAAAUGAUUUUGAUUUGGUGUGUUUUUGCUUCAUACCAGCAGAGGGCUCUUGCAGUGAUACAUUGAAAGCGGUAACCUCUCACACUGGAAGCCCAUGUAACACAGGCACUGGCAAGGCCACUUCACCUGCCAUACAGGACCCUGUAGAAGAGCAAUCUUCAUGCUUUUCAAAAUGAAAAUAACAUACUUUUAACCAAAAAGUUACCUCCAAUAUUUUAAGGUUGUUCUGUUGCAUGUUUUUUUAAAAUAGGGUCUUUGGGAGAAUCCCAAAGGGAGAAUUUCUGUAAUUCUGGGGGUAUUCCAGGUGCUUGAAGAAGGGAGGACUUCUUAUAGCACCUUUCUGGAGUACUCCCAGAAGAGGUUGGCUUAACCUAUCCUGUGCUUCUCUCUCUCUGUUUCCUUGGGAGCGGGGGAGGAUUCAGCAGCCUCAUCACUGUUAGGAGACAGUUUUGUGGAAUGGCAUGGCGUUUGUUCCGGAGACACGCUUGUCUCACAUCGCUUGUCUCCAGCGUUUGUAUUCGAAUACACAUCGCGUGUCUCCGGAACAAACGCCAUCCCAUUCCACAAAACUGUCUCCUAACAUCACCUUCUACUGGUUUGGUAGGGGUGUACACUCCGGAGAAAGUGAAUUUUGUUACAUGAAGCUUUUAGCCAUGUGGUAACCUAAUCACAGCUGGAGGCUGGAACAGUCAAACUUCUUAAAAUGUCCUGCUCUACCACAGGUAGCUGGCACUGAGGAAGCAGACUUCUCAGGUACAUAUAUUGCUUUAAUAAGACACAAGGGAACAAGGGUCUGUAUGUAGACCUGCUGAUGGUACAAUUAAAUUUGCAUCAUGACAGAUUAAUUUUUCAAAGCAAGAAGUGGAUUAUCCAAGCCUGAGGAAAAAAAAAGCUGUUUUCUGGUAUAGGUUGCAAUAUAACAAAAUGUAUCAUAACACAGACUCAUAUUCAUGGCAGAAUAGUGUGAUUAAUAUGGGGCUGCAGUCACAAGGUCUGUAGAUGGUGAAAAGGUAUGAGUCUCAGUACAUCAUAUCAUCCUUUAUGAUACAAACUCAACCUUAUGUAAUGAAAUGCAUUUCCUGCCUCCUCUGAACACAAAAAAGUCUGAUGUUUAACAGCUUGUAAGUUGAGACAACACAGGCCCAAAUUGGGAAACGCUGCAUAGGUUUGCUUUAGAGUAUUUCAUUUUGUGUGAGGUAAUGUGACCCACAUAUUCUAGCACAGUUAGCCUUCAUCUGCCUAUCAAUUUUUAUGGCAAACCUAGUUCGCAAGUCUUGAGGGUGACAUUGUUAAAAGGCAGUUUACUAGCAAGUAAUUUGGCAUUAAAAACAAUUUUUUGUUUAAAUGUUUUAUGAAUUUCAUUUAUUUUGGUCCUCUUAUGAGCUAGAUUAGAAAGAUGCUGUGCAUAUUAACCCUUUUACCAGCAUGGCUAAAAAUUGCCAUAUGACAAAUUUGGUGAAAGGUGAAAUCAUUUUGGGCCAAGCAAUAAAGUUUCCUCCUGUAAAGAAUAUGUCUCCUCCAUUCGGAGUUCAUAAACACUGACCUGACUUUUCCAUCAUCGCCCCCCAGUGGUGGAAUGAACUCCCCACCCCCCUGAGAACAACUCCUUUAC